AUGGUCAUGCCUGCAAUGUUUCUGGAAAUGUGCCCGGCAGAAGUAAGGUACUUGGUGGAAGUUUGCUCGUUGUGUGCGUGGACAACCUCCAUGGUGAUCGUGGCGCCUGUAGCCUAUUUCCUGCAGGACCUCUCCUGGCGGUAUCUGUACUUGAUUCUCACGCUCACAUCCGCAUACAGUAUCUUCGGAUACUGGAUUUAUCACGAAUCAGUCCGAUGGCUUCUUGCUAAUGGCAGAAUUAACGAAGCAAAGGCAAUUUUACAAAAGGCUGCAAGGAUGAACAAGGUAGAUGAAGCACCUAUCUUACGUAUAGUUGAUCAGGUUAUAGCCAGGGAGUUAAAGGUUAAUGACACUGACGACGACGAUAUCGACAACGACAUUAGCAUGAAAGCCUUGUCAUCGAGAGAGAAUGACGCCAAAACUACCGACAGCAAGUCACCAAACUACACCAUUUUAACACUGUUCAGGAAGCGCCGGAUAGCAAGCAUAACUACCAUUAUGAUUAUUGUAUGGACAGUCGAUAGCUUGACGUAUUACGGAUUAAUCCUUUCCUCAGCAUCUUUGCCUGUGGAUCGCUUCCUGAGUUUCUUUCUGCUGACAAUCGCGGAAUAUCCUGUAGUGUUUUUCGAAUACACGUUGAUGAAUCGAAUUGGACGAAAACGAUUUUGUAUCAUAUUCCACGCCAUAGCCGCUAUUUCAUUGCUAGCAGGGACAGUAGCGAACUAUUUCUCAGAUUCACCAGGGGCUAAUAUACCUAUCAUGGUGUUCUUUUUCCUUGGCAAACUUGGAAUUACAGGAUCGUUCAGUUGUUUGUUUCUCUAUACACCUGAGAUAUUCCCGACCAACCUCAGGACGGUUGGUAUGGGGUUGCCCUCCGCGGCAGGACGAAUAGGCGGUAUGCUGGCGCCGUUUGCAGGUCCCCUGACUGAGCAGGUAAGAUGGGCUCCUGGUGCAAUAUUUGGUUGUCUGUGUUUGAUCGUUACCUUAAUCCUUCCUCUGCUUCCGGAGACGAGAGGGCACGAGCUCCCUACCCUAGUGGAGGAUUUAGAGGAUUGGUAUAAAGCCCACACCAGAACCAGAUUCAGAAAAAGAAGAAAUCGCUAG